CCUGCAAAAUCCCCGUGUGUGUGCUGAUGAUCAAUUUACGAUUAUGAAUUGUGUAGGCCUUUGUAAAAUAAUUGGAUCUUGAGAAGUUUAAUCGGCAAAUCUCUACACGGAUACAUUUUCGAGCCGUCAGAUGCCGUGAGUCAGAACACCAUCGUAAGACACAAGCUCUGACACAAUCAUGGCCGCAGCAUCGCCGCCCUUGUCGUCACCCAUGUCACCGAUUGAUCAGAGUCCGUGGAAUCCAGCUUCCCGCCGUAACCAAUCAAUGGAUUACGACAUGUUCCAUGACACUGAGUUGGCUCAGGUUCGAACCCAACUCCAGAGGUUUGUUAGUCAGCAUGAAGACUCGUCAAGUCAUGAUUUCACCGAGGGAAGCAAAGCAAUCACAAGGUUGCACUGGAUCAACCCAAGCAAACGGUCAAGGUGUCAGAAUUCAAGCUGUAAGGCCAAGUUCAUUCUGAAGCUCCGGAAACAUCACUGCAGAAAAUGCGGUGAGGUGUUUUGUGCGAGAUGUUUAUCGUUUCAGAGGAAGUUAUCUCCAACAGCAGAGUAUGAUCCAAAUGGUAAACUUUUCAUGGUUUGCUCAAAGUGUUUUAACUCUGAGACCCAAGGACCAGGGCAAGCUCGCAUCUGGACACAAACAUUUCUUGAGAUGCGUAGAGAUUCUCUAUUAGCCCAUGCUGAGGCCAUCGGGGAGACAACUCAAAAGCCAAGCAGAGCACAUCUUGAGAAAGAGUGCCAGCGUCUCGUGGAAGGGUUCUCAAUGAACCUGACGGACCUACCACCAUCUCAGGAAGUUCGUCAUGCUCAUUCUCCGGAUGGAACUGGAAAGAACAUCUUGAUGAGGAAACUGAGUGCUCUCAAGAAUCACGUCAGCAAAGUGCCUGGUCUGGUCAAGAUAGGACCUCCGGAGUGGAAGAAACCAAUUACGUGGAUUUCUGCUGGUACAAAUUGUCAGUUCUGCAGCACGGCCUUCACGAUGACGUACAAGAAACACAAUUGUUACAUCUGCGGUCGUCUUGCGUGCUUUUCCUGCUCGGUUAAGGACCUUCUCCUCUAUGUGCCUGAUAAAGACGAUCAAGAACAUGUUGGGAAGCUUGCAAGGUGGGCCAUCAUCAAAGUCAUUGGGAGUCCUGAAUUGGAACCUGACAUCCGUCACUACGUACGCGUUUGUACAGUUUGUCGUCAGGCGUUAGAGGUCGUUCAAGUUGAGAACUACGAGGCGUCGAUGAAGGGAGAGGAGAGUGAGGAUUGCUUAAAGCAGAUGAAGGAUCUGUUUGAUAACAUCGUCAAGUUCCAAGACAAGAUUGACGCCUGGCUUCCAAAGUACAAGCAGCUGAUUGAUGCACUAGAGAUUGCAGGAGAGAGUCCAAAGGUCUUACCAGCUUCAAGGAGCAACAUGCAAACUCUCGCAAAACAUCAGGGGGAUCUGACGGAUUACUUUACGUCUUUUGUGGUAGCUGUGAGUCGUCUGAAGAAACUGAAGCCCCAGACCAAUAAACAGUUAAAGCUUGUCAAGGCUCUCAUGAGGUGCAAGUUCAACUACUACAAUGACAACAUGUACACAUUCCGUAAACUGAAGAGACGACUGGAGCAGAUAUCUCCCCCGGAAGUUCUCCAAGCCAUACAGUCUAUCGUGGAUUCACAGUCAAUAAACUCAACAUGCCUCUCCAUUGGUCAGCUCAGCUACGAGUCGUUGCAUAUAUGCCUCAAGUAUGAGCUGAGUGAAGAGUUACCCGCAGUAAUAAAAGAUACUUACGAGGUCUGUCGGGAAGACUUGAGGCAGAUCAUUGAGGAACAGGGACAGGAGACUUGGGAAGAACGUCAGAAUCAGAUCACUGCCUUCAUUAAAGUACAACUCAAGGGGCACGAGGACUUUCCACCGUGUUUAUACAUCAGACCAUCUCAACGCAACAUCCAACGCUUCGGCCCCAAAUACGUCAACUCGUUCCUGUACUCCCGCUGUGACGACAUCAUCGGGAAGGUUGUCUUUCAGCUUCACAUGAGAAGUGCUGACAGGAAGUUCCAGAAGUCGAAAGAGUCGCUAGGGUCGCUGAGGAGAACUGUGAAAGAGUUGAAGGUUGUCACUCAGAAAGGUUUAGAAUUUAGGUAGAAGGAAAGGGUCAAGUUGGGACGCCUUGUUUGUAAUAGAAAUAGUGGCUUCUUAUAUAGUGCUCAUAUAUCUGUCAAUUAGUGACGCUCAAGGAGCUUCAUCAUUCAGUUUUCCUGCAAGGUAUAUAUGCGCUUACACUUGACGUAUGAGACCUACUCCUUUUACAUAGCACCAUGUAACGGUUUAUAAGGUAGAUAGAGAGAUAGGUAUAAACGUUUAUUCAAUGUUGCAAAUACAAAGUAAUAUGGACAAAAUUAAUGUAAAUAUAAAAUAUAUUACAGGGUGAAACUUUAAACAAAAGGCAACAUCUAGGUCCGGGGAGGAGCACAGCUUUUGUUCCCCAGUCUAUGAACAGACAGACCAACCAAUAUGCUGCAAAUCAAACCUGGAACACCGAGGUGAACCCCUUCUCUUUUUGAUGACUGAACUGGAUUCUUUUACUUGCACUACACAACACACGGGACCUACGGCUUUAUGUCCCAUCCAAAGGUCACAGUAAAUGGUUAAGUGUCUUGCUAAAGGACACAAGUGUCAAGACUGGGUUUUUGAACCCACACUCUGCUGAUCAGAAACACCAGAGCUUGAUCCCUGUGCUCUUAUCCACUUUUGUCCCCUCAGGGAAAUUUCAACUUAAUCAACACAGAUUUCUACCACAAAAACAUGAUACUCCAAACCCACUUCCUGCCAAACUGUAUUUGCUCAUCAAAUAGAUACAUGUAAGUGUAAAGCCCGGUUCAUACUUCAUGUGAAUGCGAAGAGAAUGUUGAAGUCACAAGUUCGCAACGAAUAAUUCACAGCAGUUGAACUCUGCUCUACAUACUUGCGAAUAUCGCUGCGAAAGGAGGGUCGUGA